GAAUGCGGCCACUGCUGAUGGCUGCGUGGCACGGCAACAGGGAUGCCGUUGAAUUACUCAUUAAUUCUGGGGCAAAAGUCACCGCUGUUAACAAGAAACAAUACGGAGUGAUCAUGUGCGCCGCUCGCAACAACAGGGUGGACGUCGUCGAAUACCUAAUCUCGAAAUUGGACAAUUUUGACCUAGAGGACGUUGACUUCGAAGGCAACACGAGCCUUCAUCAGGCCUCUUUGGGUGGCCAUUAUCAAAUAGUCAAGAAACUACUGGGGCUAGGAGCUAACCCCAAUGCCGUUAACAAG